AUGAGCACCAAAAACGAAGGGCAGGUCGAGCACAUCGACCACUGCGAUGUGGUGCUGAAGCCGACUCCUCAGUAUGACAAGUUUGGCUCCGCCGCCAAAACAGACCCCAGAGAGAUUGCUCUCGUGAAAAAGAUUGACCUGUACAUGAUGCCUAUUCUCUGGCUGAUGUACUUUCUCAAUUUCCUCGACCGAAACGCCAUGGUCAAUGGGAAGCUCAACAGCCUGUCCAAAGACCUGCAUUUGCACGGAACGCAGUACAAUACCUGCGUCAGCAUUCUCUUCGUCGGUUACCUCCUAGGCCAGGUCCCGUCCAACAUGCUCCUCAACCGCGUCCGGCCGUCCUGGUACAUGGCCGGGUUCAUGAUGGGGUGGGCUAUUAUCUCUACACUCACCUGCCUUGUCAAAGACUACCACAGCAUGCUCGUUUGCCGGCUCCUGCUUGGGAUCGUCGAGGCCCCCUUCUACCCGGGGGCGCUCUUCAUGAUCAGUCUGUUCUAUAACCGCAAAGAAGCCACCACGCGCAUGGCCGUCCUUUACACAGGCAACAUGCUGGCAAGCUCAUUCUCCGGACUCAUCGCCGCGGGCGUCUUUGCCGGACUAGACGGCGUCCACGGCCUGUCCGGCUGGAGAUGGCUGUUUCUCAUCCAAGGCGUCGCCACGUUCGCCGUGGCCAUUGCCGCGUUCUUCCUGCUUCCCAACUCGCCGCUGCAGACCCGGUGGCUGAGCCCAGAGGAGCGCCAGAUGGCAUACGACCGGAUCGCCCGCGACACCACGCAGAAAGAGAGCCGCACGAGCACAUGGAAGGGUCUCCGCGAAGCAUGCGCCGACUACCGCACCUGGAUCUUUGCCCUGCAGUGCAAUCUCCAUCUCUCCGCCAACGGCUUCAAGAACUUUAUGCCAACGGUCGUCCAAACCCUCGGGUUCAACUCCACCAUCACCCUCGUCCUCACCUGCCCGCCGUACCUGGUGGCCACGUUCGCCUCCGUAAUCGUCUCCUGGUCCUCGGGCCACUUCAACGAACGCACCUGGCACAUCACCCUCUCCAAGCUGCUAGCCAUUAUUGGGUUUGCCGUAGCCUGCAGCACCCUCAACAUCGGAGCCCGCUACUUCGCCAUGAUCUUGUUCGUGGGGGCCACAUACGGCGUCAACAAUAUCAACCUUGCCUGGACCGCAGCGACGCUGGGCCAAACAGACGAGAAGAAGGCCGUGGCAAUCGCCAUCACGAACACCAUGGGGAAUCUGGCGAGCGUGUACACGCCGUACCUGUGGCCGGAUUCGGAUGCGCCGCGCUUCUCCAAGGCCAUGUACUGCAGCAUUGGGUUCUCGGCGGGAGUCAUAGCGACUGCUUGGUUGCUGCGGUGGAUUCUCAUGCGGGCGAACAGGCGCAUUCGCGCUAUGGACUCGGAGGCGAUCAAUUUUUAUGCUUAUUAG